AAAUGAAACUGUAAUAAUGGAUCACACAGGGAAUGACAUAAAAAGGCAAGAACGCCAAAUGAACAAACCCUAACAGAUCUUCUGAUGACAGAACUAAAACCCAACAUAUAUCAAUAAAUAAAAAUGAGCUACUUGAGGAGCGUGGCCUUAGUGGGGGUGUGGUCUCUUGGCAGCAAGUGGAGCUGUUCUGAGUGGGGGGGUCCAUAAUGGGGCGGGUCCAGACGUGGAAAUGUUAGCCCUCUCCCUUCUGCCCGGUAGCAUGGGGCAUCGUACUCUAGCCUCCAUCCCCGCCCUGUGGGCCUCCAUCCCCUGUCCACGCUCUGAGCUGCGCCUGGACCUGAUUCUGGCUUCUGGACAGUCUUUCCCGUAGAUGGAGCAAAGCCCUGCGCGUGGGAGUGGCGUGCUGGCGGACCAGGUAUGGACACUGACGCAGACUGAGGAACAGCUCUACUGCACUGUGUACCGAGGGGACAAGGGCCAGGUUGGCAAAGCCACACCAGAAGAGCUAAAGGCCAUGCGACAGUACUUCCAGCUGAUUGUCAGCCUGGCUCAACUGUAUCACCAUUGGAGUUCCAUGGACCCCCACUUUCAAGAGGUGGCUCAGAAAUUCCAAGGUGUGGGACUCUUGCAACAGGACCCCAUCGAAUGCCUUUUCUCCUUCAUCUGUUCCUCCCACAACAACAUUGCCCGCAUCAUGGGCAUGGUGGAGCAGCUCUGCCAGGCCUUCGGACCUCGGCUCAUCCAGCUUGAUGAUGUCACCUACUAUGGCUUCCCCCGGCUGCAGGUCCUGGCUGGGCUGGAAGUGGAAGCUCAGCUCAGAAAGUUGGGCCUGGGGUACCGUGCCCGUUACGUGCGUGCCAGUGCCCAAGCCAUCCCGGAAGAAUGGGGUGGACUUCCCUGGCUGCAGCAGCUGUGCAAGGCCCCUUACAAGGAGGCCCACAAGGCCCUCUGCACCCUGACAGGGGUAGGCACCAAGGUGGCCGACUGCAUCUGCUUGAUGGCCCUAGACAAGCCCCAGGCUGUGCCUGUGGACAUCCACGUGUGGCAGAUCGCCCAGCGUGACUGCAGCUGGCACCCCACUACCACCCAAGCCAAGGGUCCGAGCCCCCAAGCCAACAAGGAACUGAGAAACCUUUUCCGGAGCCUGUGGGGACCUUAUGCUGGCUGGGGCCAAGCAGUGCUGUUCAGUGCUGACCUGCGCCAAGCCCACCGAGCUCAGGAGCCACCAGCAAAGUGCAGAAAGAGAUACAUGGGGCUGGAAGGCUAG